ACAGAGCCUAAGUACUGCGCCCAGCUCCUUAACGAUGGUGUCACAUCCAGUGGUGUGUAUACCAUUAAUCCAGACGGCGGCACACCCAUCCCAGUGUUUUGUGACAUGGCCACUAACGGUGGAGGCUGGACCAUUUUCCAGAAACGUUUUAACGGUUCUGUAGAUUUUUACGUCAACUGGACUUCCUACAAGAACGGUUUUGGAGAUUUGAAUGGCGAGUAUUGGCUUGGAAAUGACAAUCUUCACCGUUUGACAGCCGCUGAUGAUGUUAUUCUAAAGGUCGACCUGGAGGAUUUUGAUGGAACCAUCACUUACGCCGAGUACACAAUUUUUAAGGUGGCAAACGAGACAGAUAAAUACCGUCUUUUGAUUGGAGGAUAUAAUGGAACCGCCGGGGACUCGAUGGCUUAUCACAAGUAAGGCAAUUUGAAGUUACGUGUGUUUUUAAGCCUUGGUGCAGGCAUGAAAACGUUUUAUUUUUUUAAAAAAAUAAUCAUUUGAUUAGGACUUACAUGCAAACUUGACUUACGUCUUACUAGUAUAGUAAAUAAUUCAUACGAAGAGCAAACUCCUCAAGUUGCAAAUGCCUCAGGAUGACUGUGUAUGCUGCUUCGGCAAAAAAGCAAAACAACAUAGGGAUGCAAAAAAUAAGACCUGUACAUGUACAGUUUGUGGGGGGGUCUAAAGCUCUUAAUAGCUCUUUAAGAAAGGGAAUACUUCGCGCUUUAUGGUUUUAUUAAACCUCGCGUGUUCUUCUAAAAUAGUAAUCAGUGCAGAUCAUCUGACUCUACACCAAGCCAUGAUUUUCACUCCGUCACGGAGUUUAUAUCUCACCUCAAUAACUCUGCGCGUCUCCUCAAGAGCCAUUGCUUAAUCCUUGGGGAUUUCAACUAUCCUGCCAUCAAAUGGAUUGAAGGCUGCGGCUCUACGAACUCUCCUGAUUUUGCUUUUUUGAAACUCUACAAGACCAUUCUCUACUGCAAGUGAGCCCUUUUCCGACCCGCAAGGAGAAUAUUCUGUACUAAAUAAUUACUGAAUAAAGUGCACCUGACCGCAUAAUGAACAUCGCGACCUUGACUCCUAUACAGGCAGGCCUUGAAACCGACCACGACUAACUUGAAUUUGACUUUGUAGCCAGGCUUCGUCGGGUGAGGAAACCUGCGCGCUACUCUUACAAUUUCAAAUCAGCUGACUUUGAGAACUGGCCACAAACUGCAGAUUAUGCAGAACUCAGCUAUCAGUAAUAGCGCGCCAUGUAACUCGGGUGUUGGCGCCUACUGGUCUUAUUGGAAAUCCGCCCUUUUGGAUCAGUUUAUAUUGACGCUAAUAUCCCCAGGCUAGAGUCAGGGACUCAAAUACGCCACCGUGGAUUGACAAGGAAGUUCGACAUUUGCUGAAGAGGAAAGAAUCCGUGAGACGUGCCGCCAAAAAGAACAACAGCGCUUUUUACCUUGAAAAGUUCAGGAUCUUAAGAAAAGAAUCUAAGGCAUUGAUAAACAGGCUGUUUGAGGAAUAUCACGCUUCUCUUGGUGACAGCUUGAAAGUCAAUCUAAAGCGCUUUUGGAGUUACUUCCGCCAUAAAACCAAAUCAAACUCUAUACCAGCUAAUGUUACGUACGGGGGGCGACAGAUCUCCUCUGGAGUGGAGAGAUGGCAGAGUAUUUCUAUUCUACGUUUACGCAUACGCCUGAUGCUUUUUUCCCCCUUGAUGCUUUUACGCCACCCGACGAGGGGAUGCCCGUCCUUGACAGCUUGGUGCUGUGCGAAGAUGAGGUCUAUAAGGUGCUCUUGAAUUUAGACCCAAGCAUCUACUAGCUGGCAACUGCUGCUACUGAGACUUUCUAUCGGCUGCGGAAGUGAUUCGUUCUUAUCGUUUUUGGAAAUAGGAUUUUUAUACUUCUUAUAAUGUUUAUAUGUUUACAUAGUUAGUAUUUGUGUAUUUUUCUUAAGGGCACAAUUAAUUUAGAACUUCUUUCAGUUGUGUUUCCCGCACCUUCAUCUCUCGUUUUUGUGACUUGUUCAAAUGUAUUUUUUUUCCUAGUCUUAUUUUAGCAUUGUAAUCAUGGUGAAAAAAAAAAAAAAAAAAGAUAAAUUCAAACCGCAUCGCUAAAAUCUAAGUCCUAACUAUUAUCUUUUUCAGCCAAAUGCAGUUUUCCACCAUUGACAGCGACAACGAUCUCAAUCCAAAUGGCAGCUGUGCUAAUACGCAUGACGGUGCUUGGUGGUACAACUGGUGUCACUAUUCCAACCUGAACGGUUUAUACCUAAAGGGAAAUUUUUCCUCGGACUCAAAUGGCGUUACGUGGUUAGCUUUCAGAGGAUGGUAUUAUUCGCUGAAACGUACGGAAAUGAAAGUAAAGCCCAAAUCAGUUAUUUAA